AUGGGUAAGAGUAGUACUGUCCUUAUCUCAAAGUUCCUUAAUUCUCGGUGGUAAUUUACGGUUACGCAUAUCAUCAAUUCCUAAAUCAUGGUUUUCACCUUAAUUUGUUACCGCAUAUCCCUAUCUUGAUGGCCUUUAACCUCAACAGUCUCUUCAUUUUCCUCCAUUGUCGACAAAAAGACAAAAAAGGUAACCAUCGAUCACCAUCUCUGCAAUAGUUGCUAUGGUCUGGUCGGAUGAUAACAGCCAACAGUUGGAAGCAACUACCCACUUUCGAAAGCUUAUCUCCACAAUACAUAACCCUCAGAUUGAUCAUGUUAUUCAAUCUGGCGUUGUUCCUCGUUUUGUUGAAUUUCUAUUUAGGGACGAUUUUCCUCAACUUCAGUAUGAAGCUGCUUGGAUACUCACGAACGUAGCAGGUGGAACUUCUGUGAACACUAAGGUGGUCAUUGAUCACGGGGCUGUACCAAUACUUGUCAAGCUACUUAGUUCACCUAGCGAUGAUGUUCGAGAGCAGGCUGCGUGGACAUUGGGAAAUGUUGCCGGUGAUUCCCCUAGUUGUCGUGAUCUUGUUCUCAGUCAUGGUGCGUUGAUCCCGCUGUUAUCCCAGUUGAAUGAGCAAGCAAAGCUUUCUAUGCUGAGAAUUGCUACGUUGGCCCUGUCAAACUUUUGCAGAGGAAAACCACCACCCCCAUUUGAGCAGGUGAGGCAAGCACUUCCUACCCUCAGGCGUUUGAUUUUUUCCAAUGAUGAAGAAGUCGUGACAGAAGCAUGCUGGGCACUCUCAUAUCUUUCUAAAUAUGGUUCAAAUGACGAAAUCCAAGCGGUAAUCGAGGCUGGCAUAUGUGAUAGACUAGUAGAGCUCCUUUUGCGCCCGUCUCCUUCAGUGUUGACUCCUGCACUUCAAACGGUGGGAAAUUUUAUAAAAGUGGAUGAUAUGCAGACUCAGGACUCUAUUUGUCAGGCUAUUAUCAAUCAUGGUUUACUCCCAUUCCUUUUGAGCCUGUUGAUCCAAAACCACAAGGAAAGUAUUAAGAAGGACGCUUGCUGGAUUAUAUCAAACAUUGUAGUUGGAAACAGGGAGCGGAUACAAGCUGUUAUCAAAGCUGGUCUGAUUGCUCCCCUAGUCAAUCUUCUUCAAAAUGCCGAGCUUGCGAUUAAAAAAGAAGCUGCAUGGGCACUCCGUAAUGCUACAUCUGAUGGUACUCAUGAGCAAAUCAAGUACUUGGUGAGCCAUGGUUGCAUUAAGCCUCUGUGUGAUUUGCUUGUUUGCCCUGAUCCAAAAAUUGUUUCUGUCUGUUUAGAUGGUCUUGAGAAUUUUCUAAAGGUUGGAGAAGCGGAGAAAAGCUUUUGUAACACGGGAGAUGUCAACUUGUAUGCUCAGAUGAUAGAUGAUGUUGAGGGAUUGGAAAAGAUCGAAAACUUGCAGAGUCAUGACAACAAUGAAAUUUAUGAGAAGGCUGUUAAAAUUCUUGAGACAUAUUGGUUGGAAGAUGUUGAUGAGACACUACCUCUAGGUCAUCGUAAACUAGAUCCCAAUUUGAAACGUAAGAUCGUACACUACUACAGUCUUGCCACCCCUUGGCGUGCUCGUGUACGACUGGAAUCAUAUUUUGGUGGGAGUGGCCUAGAUCGCCUUGAAAAAUCGUGGGAGUGGUGGAAUCAUGUGAAUCUUCCGAUUCCGAUCUUGGAUUUCUCACAUAUAUUUUCUCCAAUUGGGUCCGCGUCCCGGCUCACUAAACGCGCCUUUUUUGGUUUAAAACCCUAAAAUAUCAUCAUCUUAUCUUAUAUAUACAAGAUGUUAAAUUUUUUGAGCAGCUUUUUGAAGCCGAAAAAAUUGUUACGUAUUUUCUUGUUUUGUGUAUUUUUUAGGGUUUUAUCAUGUAUAAUGUUGCAAAUUAUUAUUCUUUAAAGGAUGAUAUUAUCUUAUUUUACAUAUAAAAGAUGCUAAGUCUCUUAAGCAGCUUUUG